CACACUGAGGAGAUGUCCUCCCUGUCGAAGCUAUCACUUUCUGGAAAGGUGCUGACAGACUUUCAGAAUGGGGGAAAACUGACCUUUCUUGACAUGUCUCUAGAUGACAUUAUAAUCCUUAAAAAGAUAGAAAGUGAAACAACUGAAGAAAGAAAGAAAGGGAGAGGGAACCAUAAGAAAAAGAACUCAGCUUCAAAACAGCGAUCAAAUGCUCAUAAGCAUCACCGGGAGAGAGGUUACUCAAGAUUCAGAAACAACUCCAAGGACAGAAAUCAUGAAAAAACAUGUCAAAAGCCUUCUGGAUUUGAAUCUGGACAAAGUCCUUUUAACAGUCAGCAUUUACCUAAGCAGCCUUCAACCUUAGCUUAUAGUAUAAGGAACUGUGAUGGAAAUUAUAUGGCUCAACCAGAGAAGAAUGGAGGCCAAUCAGAGAUGAACCAGCAUCAAUCAGAAGGAAAUCAAGGCAAAUCAGAAGAAUCUCAAAGCCAGUCAAUAACAUCUCAGAGCCAAUCACAAGAAAAUAGGCACCAUUCAGAGAGGUCUCUAAGCAAAGACAAAAAAUCUCAUUGUCAAGCAAAGAGAUCUCAAGGGCACCUGAAAAGCUCUCAUGGCCAGUCAGAGAGAUCUUGUGGCCAAUCCAAGAGAUCUCAUCACCAAUCACGGAGCUCUCAUAGCCAAUUUGAGAGAUCUCGUAGUCAAUCAAAAAAAUCUCAUGACCAAUCAAAAAGAUCUCGUGGCAAAUCCAAGAGAUCUCAUCACCAAUCACAGAGUCUUGUAGCCAACUGGAGAGAUCUCCUAGUCAAUCAAAAAAAUCUCAUAGCAAAUCAGAGAGAUCUCGUGGUCAAUACAAGAGAUCUCAUGACCAAUCACAGAGCUCUUGUAGCCAAACUGAGAGAGCUCUUAUGUAGCCAAACUGAGAGAUCUCGUAGUCGAUCAGAAAGAUCUCAUGGCCAAUCAGAGAGAUCUCGUGGUCAAUCCAAAAGAUCUCAUGAGCAAUCACAGUAUUCUUAUAGCCAAACUGAGAGAUCUCAUAGUCAAUCAGACAAACCUCAUGGCCAAUCAGAGAGAUCUCAUGGCCAGUCCAAGAGAUCUCAUGACCAAUCACAAAGCUCUUAUAGUCAAACUGAGAGAUAUCAUAGUCGAUCAGAAAGAUCUCGUGGCCAAUCAGAGAGAUCUCGUGGCCAAUCCAAGAGAUCUCAUGACCAAUCACGGAGCUCUUGUAGCCAAACUGAGAGAUCUCAUAGUCAAUCAGAACGAUCUCGUGGCCAAUCAGAGAGACCUUUUGGUCAAUCAGAGAGAUCUCAUGUCUACUCAGAGAUAUCUCGUAGUCAUUCAGAAAGAUCUCAUGGUUAUUCAGAGAGAUCUUGUAGUCAUUCAGGGAAAUCUCAUGGCCACUCAGGGAGAUAUCAUGGUCAGUCAGAGAGAGAUCGAAGAUACUCAUCGGUUGGAAGAUUCAAAAUAUCACCCAAACCCGAGUACAAAUUUAAAAGCAAGUCUCUUGUAAUGCAAGAAAAGAAUGAGUCUUUCCAGGAACACAUGCAACACAGAGAUCAUCCAGUGAAUACAAUCCAAGGGAUAACACCGGAAGAUGAGCUCAAAUCAAGUGGAAAUAUUAAAAGAUAUCAAAGAUUCGUAAACCGUGGGAUUAAAACUUUGUUCAUUAAGAAUAAGUAUACUUCAGCCGAGAGUUCUGUGUACCAGCCCAAAGGAAUAUAUCUGAAAUUCAACUUUCAAGCAGUGGGUAAUCAGACUAGGUUUUCACUCAAUGAGAGAUUCUCUAAACUGAAAGUUAUGAAAAUACCACAACCAAUCAUCAACAUCUGA